CUUCUGUUUUCUUUCUCACAUUCGCUGCACUUUCUUAUACUGCUUGAUUUCUAGCAUUUUUUUUUUAAUAAAUCUCCUCACUCACUUACCAGCACCCCUUUCCUCUCUCCUUUUUUUUUUUUUACCGAAUAAUUUCGUACUUUGCCUAUUUUGGGUAUUCAAUUCUAUACACCACUCGAGUCUGCAUCGACUCCGGUCUUUAUUUGAUUUCCGAGACCUGAACUCACUUUUGCACGUUGUGCGUUUUUGUCUCUUACCACUAGUGGAGCAGAGCACAUUGUGUUGUUUGUUUUUGUUUUCAUUUUUUGCGGAUUCAUUGCUAUGGAUGGACGAAUUGUUGGGCGGAUGAAAGUCGACGAGAGAUUGUUCUAGACCUAUAGCAGAUGUAGUACAUUAGUUGAGCAGCUCAUUAUUAUUGCAAGGCGAUGAAAGUUGAUCAAAAUAGAAUUUUCACCCACUGAUAACGCGAGGUCUUGGGCAAAUCAGUCUCCCUCCACAAGUACCUAACUACAUAUAUUCAGAUGGUUAGAUAAUAUUUAAUUAUUAUAUAUUAUUAGACAGAUUACAAGUAAUGACUAGUGCUUGUAUUUACUGCAUUCAGUAAUUUGUUGUAGUGUUUAGCCUAUGUGUUUAUCAGCAUAGCUGUAUCAUUUUUAUGUGUAACUGUAAUAGUGUCCACUUGUAAAUAUUUGAACCUGAUAUUGGAAUCCUAUUUAAAUUCCAUCUAAUUUAUAUCUAAUAGAGAGUGUUAGAGAGCUUAUUUUGGAGAUUUUUGUAAGGAGUCCUUGCGUGUGCUCGUCCUUAAUGAAAGGCUACACUAAAGUUAGGAUAUUUUAUGGAAAGAUACCACUAGUUUUGAUACGAAAGAGACUAAUCUUUUUUGUACAGAGGUUGAAUUUUGUGGUUAGCUGAUCUGACCUACUUUUAAGUAGGUACAUGUAGUUAGAUUUGUUAAGAUAAUAGGACGCAAGCUUGUUUUAAUUCAUGAAAGAGUGAUUGUGAAGGAUUGUUUGGUUGACGUUUGUGGUUGCGAUGGGGCUAAGUUGUGGUGGCCGUCUACACUGAAUGAAGGAAUUAUUUCGCACCCCGGGAUCCACAUAGCAGCAGUAGAUUCAACCGUCCUGGCAACUAACUCAACCCGGCACCAACUUAGGCACUACAGAGAGCUUAUCUACUUUUGUUCUUUUACGAUGUGAUUAUUUUUGGAAAUAUGAUCAGUACUUUUGAUGAGUCUGACUUUUAAGUAGAGUUCAUUCAUUUUAACUGAAAAGGGAGGUUUACUCUCUUGCUUUGAAUUAAACCAAUUUGUAGUCCAUAUUGUGAAUAUGAUAAAGAUAUUGAAAAUGUCUUUAUUACUGAUGUUGAGGUAAUGUCAACAACGUUUCAAUAACCCUUUUGAAGUGCGGCACGGCAGAGUGUUGAAGGAAGGUUAACUCUGUCGACAAGAUUGAGGGCCCAGAUCAGGAGUCGUCGUCGUUGUAUUCCUUCCUGGCUGCAUCCCCUGGCUUCUCCCAAGUUAGCACAGUACUGAUGGGGCGUGAAUUCGACUUCCACAGCCACAAUCACAGUAUGGAGGAGAAGCCACCCAGCAGAACACCUUCACCGCCACCGACUUUAGCCACCCUGGUCCCAGUCAAUCUCAGCAUUGCUACUUCACAAGCAUUAGUGGUGGUUUCAGCUCUCCCUGUAUCAUCUUCGCCAUCUUCCUCUCCCAUCACUGUUACGCCUGUGCUUCUUACAACCGAAUCAACAGCUGCUCCAGGAGAGGCCAGCUUGAGUACCCAUGAUGAUCCCCCUGGAGGAAGGAGUGUCGCCACUUCUCCUGAGCCGCAAUCUCUGCUGCACCCAAGUGUGGCAGAAGCAUUGUCAGCAUCAUAUGGCCUGGCAUCAUCAUUUGGAGACGACUCAUUAGGUGGAACAACAAGCGAGGAGUUCAAAUUAGGAUCUGCAUUCACAGCUACUCCAACCCCUAGCUAUGGUGAAAGUAGUGAAACCACAUUUGGUGAUGUCUUCCAAGCUGAAUAUCUUCUUACAGCACCACCCCUUGAAGACCUGAAGCCUGUUAUUACCCACCCUUCAACAGGAACUCCUCCACCAGGCUCUCCUGGGCAGAGUGCAUCAGCUUCAGCAGCUGCUGCUGCAGCAGCAGCUGCUGCAGCCUUACCUAGCUUCCAAGAGACUUAUUCUCCUAGAUACAGACCACUGGGCUCUGAUGUGUUUACUUUCAAAACUGAUGAAGGCAGACCUGCAGAUUAUUCACAGCCACCACCAGCUCACCAAGCCUUCCCACAAGCUUCUCCACAGCAACAGCAGCAAAUCCAACAGCAAGCUCAGCUUCCUCCUCAGCAGCAGCAGCAGCAGCAGCCAACCUCAUUUGAAGCAUAUACUCAAGCUUCCCAUGUGUAUACUCGGCCUGCACCUUACCCAAGUCCUUCGGUCCCAGUUACACAUGCAUACAGUGGGCCUGCUAAGACAUUCAGUAGUGAAUUUUAUCCUGCUGCACCUACUUAUGAUGCUUUACAGCCACUGCAUCCUGAACACUACAUGCGACCCUCUACAUCCCAACAGUAUACAGAAAUGGGCCCUGCCUCUACUUCUAAUACCCCACCAGUGUCCUUCCUAAGCCGUAAGGGUGACCACAUUGACCCUACUUUGAUGCGCCUUCAUGCUCCUCCAAUGUCAGCUCCUCGACCAGCAUCUGAACAAAAACCUCAGUCUCCAUCACAACUUUGUGCAGUAUGCGGUGAUACUGCUGCUUGUCAACAUUAUGGGGUUCGCACAUGUGAAGGAUGUAAAGGAUUCUUCAAGCGCACCGUACAGAAGAAUGCAAAAUAUGUAUGUCUUGCAGACAAAAAUUGUCCUGUUGAUAAGCGACGAAGAAACAGAUGUCAAUUUUGCCGUUUCCAAAAAUGUCUUGUAGUGGGAAUGGUUAAAGAAGUAGUAAGGACCGACAGUUUGAAAGGCAGACGGGGUCGCUUACCUAGUAAACCUAAGAGCCCACAAGAAUCUCCACCAUCACCACCAGUGUCUCUGAUUACAGCCUUGGUAAGGGCUCAUGUUGAUACAACACCUGAUGUUUCUAAUCUUGACUACUCACAGUACCGUGAACCUUCUAAUGGAACUGAUUCUCCUACUACGGAAGCAGAAAGGAUCCAACAGUUUUAUGCCCUCCUCACCUCCAGCAUUGAAGUUAUCAGACAUUUUGCAGAAAAAAUUCCAGGGUAUCAUGAUCUUGCAAGAGAAGACCAAGAUCUUUUAUUCCAGUCUGCCUCUCUUGAACUCUUUGUCCUAAGAGUUGCAUACAGACUUGUGAGCAACCCCGAUGAAACCAAGUUUGUCUUUGAUAGCGGACGUGUAUUGCAUAGAUCUCAGUGCGAAAGAUCGUUUGGGGAAUGGCUACAAGGCAUUCUGGACUUUUCAGGUUCAUUAAAAGCAAUGGAUUUGGAUAUUUCUGCAUUUGCAUGCCUUUCAGCAUUGACUAUUAUUACAGAGCGACACGGACUCAAGGAUACAAAGAAAGUUGAGCAGUUACAAAUGAAGAUUAUCAAUUCACUAAGAGAUCAUGUUACCUACAACGCAGAAGCACAGAAAAAACCUCACUACUUCUCUCGCAUUCUUGGCAAGUUACCUGAGCUACGGUCCCUCUCUGUGCAGGGCCUUCAGAGGAUUUUCUAUCUCAAGCUUGAAGACCUUGUUCCUGCACCUCAGCUUAUUGAGAACAUGUUUGUCUCCAGCUUACCUUUCUGAAUUAGUGAGAAGACAUGUUUUCAUUCUGCUACAGGCCAACAGGCCCUCCCUGUUGAAGCUGUUGGGGUGAUGGCCACCAGAUGAAACUGUUGGGCCUCGGCAGUAUAUUUCUGCAGCCGUGGCCCUGAGACAGGUAAUGAAAGUGGUGAGCCAGUCCUCACUGACCUACUCGAACUAGUGUACGCUAAACAAAACCUCAGUACCUACAUUUGCAUACCAUUUCAGCAUUCUUGGUGUACUUCAACAACAGACUUCAACAAGUUUUAGGAACACACUUUGCAGUGAACUUGCAUAGUUAGAAGUAAAAUGUGCAUUGUGGUUGUAAGUUGCACACACUAUGAUGGCAGCAAAAGCACAUACACAGUUCAUUUACAGAGUUUACAAAAAGUAUGAUAGCAAAGUUAUUUUCUAAUAAUCGGUAUAAGGAAAAGGCCCCGGUUGGAAGUUCAGCUCCAGGUACUACUUGAGUGGGAAACUCUGAGUAGUGUCAGCAUCUGAGACUUGUCAGUUCGGCGGUAUGCCUUGACAAACUAGUCAUUCUGUGAUUUACUGGAAAAUAUUUAAAAAAAAUGAAUUUGAAGAAUGAGUAAUGAGAAUAUUGUUUAUACUUUGAGCUCAGUAAAGCUUAAUUAUGUAUUUUUGUAAUUACUUUUAAGUCAACUUAGGAUAGUCUGAAAUACAAUAUUUUCGGCCUUACCUUGUGCAUAGGUAAUUGUACAAAACCCUGUACAUAAAUACUCCAAAUAUUUACGCUCUUUAAAUAUCAAGUCGCAUAAUUCUGUAAGAAGGUUCAGUCUGAGAAUAAGAGUAACAGAAUUUUUGGUGUACACAUUAAUGUAUUUUGAUGGUGAAUGAAAUGUGUUAUUUUGGUUAACUGGAAGUGUUAUGGUAUGUAAGUAAUAUGGCUUACAUACUAAAUAUGCCCUGAACGAAAUAGCAGAGGUUUAUUGUUAUUAUGCCUGUCACUUGCCCUUAUCGUACUGCUUGGACGAGCAGUUAUAUAACAUGUUUGAAAAGGGUUCUUGUAUGCAUUUGAAUGAAUGACUUUUUUUAUACACUUAAUGUGUACAACUUUUUAACGCUAGCCUUAUGGUGCUGUCCCUAUAGCAUUCCAAGUGGAAACAGGAUAAUUUAGUUUGCAUUUAAGUAAUCAACCGUUCCCCAAAAAUCAUGGUUGCUUGGACUGCCCUUCUUACCUUGAAACCCCUAAGAUAGAACCUGUGCUUGGAAGGUCAUGGCUUGUGAGAUAGUUCGCAGUUCCUUCCUCAAAGGAGGAGAGCUGCAUCCGUAUGAAGGAUGGAUGUAACAAAUCCUAAGACUUGGGCGACUGUUCCAGAACUUUUUAUUCUGCUAUUGUAUGUUGUCCCUCUGAAUGUGUUCUUGGGCCGGUGAUAAUAUUGUAGAGUAAAUGAUCUACUAAUGCUUUUUUCAGUCUAAGUGGGAGUUACAUAGGUUCUCAGUCUCAAAAUGUGCUGCUAGAACUAAUAACAUAUUUUCAAUGGAAAGUCUCGAGUACCUGUAGCCUGAACGCGGCGCCCGUAUGUAACCCCGCUAUAGCGAAUAUUAUUGCCAUGGCUUGAAUUCAGCCUAUUUGUCCCAGUUUUAACGUUGUCUGGUCACUGUUUUGCCUUUUAUGUUUUAGUCAGUAUUAUAUGUAAUUUUGUGUCAUAUAUUCAGUGUUCACAAUCCUUCAGCUAUACGUCCACUGAAUCCAAUAAACCUCAUGUGAAUAGCCGCUCUCCCUCCCAUGCGUCACUCUCCCAACCAUCACUUCCAUCAGAUGUGAGGUUCCGUUGCAAAGACAGCACACCUCUGCAAAAUCAGACUGAAAAUCAUGAAAUUUGUGGGCUUUUGCCGAUCAGUUCCUGUCGAUACAAUGUGCUGUCAGUUAAGUUGGCAGGAAUGAGAGGGAAACAGGUAGCUGUUCCUCCUGUGAUUUUGCAACAAAACAUGAUUCCCCCCAAUAUUGAACAGUAGUACUCGAUUACUUUCUUUUUCGCUGAUGUACCUAUAGUUGAACAGUACAACAGAUUCUGUUGGCAACAUUACCUAUUAGCAAGUCCAAAGAAAGCGAUGAUUAAGCAAUUUUGAAAUUCCAAAGAUUUUGAUGUCGCAUAAGUAUACCUUGUUGUACAGUCGUUUUGAAGGACAAUCUAAAAGUUAUAUUUGUUCAUUUUAUUAUGGUUUACCCUCAGUGGUAAGACUUUUUGAAUGUUUCCCUUCCCUUCCCAUCACUCCCCCCCCCCCCCCCCCCCCCCCCCCCCCCCCCCCCCCGACCCUGACUCUGAACCCACUCCCCCAUAUAUUUUUCAGACAUACACACAUGCGGAUGACCUGGACCUGGGAGUAGUAUUUCAUACUUUCUGGGCUUCUCAAACUGUUAGCAGAAAUCUCAUGGAUGGUAUACUUGUGUACCCAAAAGCGACCCACAGGUUUAUUCAUCUAUCUAUCUACCCAUUUCUCUGCGUGUUCCUGGCUUGUCCCAUAUGGUGCUGGGGUCAUCCAAAUGUGUAUAAACUAUACAUACAUACAUAUACAUACAUACAUACAUAUAUAUAUAUAUAUAUAUAUAUAUAAUUUGCCUUGAGCUUCUAUGUAGCAAUAAUCAUCUUAAAGAGAGGGAAUUUCGAUGGAUUUAAAAAUAUAUGCAUAUAGGUAUUCUUUUUAUGGCCAGGUUAUUAUCACUGAAAAACCCUCAAACAUUAUGUUCCUAUUGAUUAAUCUUUUAUUAUCAUAUUUUAUAUUUAAAGCAACAAACUAACAAAACAAUUGGCUCAGUAAUAUAAUAUUUACUGCUAGUAAAUAGAUUUUUAGAAUAGCUGAUAUAUUUAGUGAUUGCUGGCCUAACAGAAGAUUGGCGGGUGUAAGAAAAUACAUAUAUUUCUCUCUCUCUCUCUCUCUCUCUCUCUCUAAACCUGUUGCAACAGAUUGGUGCUGACUAUACAGACAUACAUUUAGAAUGUAUAAACCUCAGUAUAUGCAGUAAAAAAUAUGCAGACAAAUACCACACGCGUACAAAAUAAACUUUUACUAUAACUUUUCGUCUUUCUAAUCAUAAAAAAAAAAUGCUUUGAAAAACGUCAUGCAGCCUGAGACAUUUUUCGACAGACGCUUUACCAAUUUGAAAACUGCAAUCAAGAACCUCGCCUUUACACAAUGAAAUGUCGUAAAGUGUCAUUCGUCAGCUUCAGGUCAUGACCCCAUUUCUGACCCUGGUUGUCAUCAGUCGACCUUUCUUGGAUCGAGAGUGUCACUCAGGUUUCUUUCGUUUUAUCGGAAUUACCUCUGAUUGCCACCAUAACCCUCGAGGUCAUACUUGCCAGGUCAAUUUGGGUCGCUUGCAUCGUGGGUCGUCAUGCCUCGGAGAAUCAGUCCUCCCUCCCUCCAACCCACCCGAUAGCCAAUGUCAGCCUUCCCUCCCUCCCUCCCGUCCCUAGCCCCUCCCUCCCUUAUCCAUCGCUUCGUUACCAGUCAUACAAAACGUAUUCUAGCCUGUAAUGUGGGUUACCAUCGGAUUUUUAUGAAUAUAUAGUUUAAUAUAUAAAUAUAUUUAGAGAGAGAAAAAUUUAAAUACUAGACUCAUAUAUUUCAUUUACUUCCAUGGCCUUCUUGAAACCUUGCUUUCAAGUCAUGAUGUAAAUGGACAUUGUAAUUUAUUUUUUGUCUAAACAUGGAUAUUUGAAUGUA